AUGUUAUCCACAUCCUCACCCCCGUCUGCCACUUCCUAAAAACCACUAGAUUUCUAAAUAAGCCCAAAUUAAUCAAUCAUCAGUUUUACCAGAAUUUCACUUGUACUGUUAUCACAUAUACAUGUACUCUCUUUUGAUUUGGCAAUGAAAUGAGUAACUGAAAACACCAAGUAAUAAUGGCUCUACCUCAACUCAUUCCUUGUCCUACUUCUUCAUCUUUCCCUCAGUCUCACCAACCUUCUUUAAACCCUAACUCUACAUUAAACCCUAAAUCUUUCAGAUUUUUCUCUAAUUCUUCUUCAACUCUUUUUCACCGCCGUAGAAGACCUAAUUUUCUACGUUGCUCAGCUUCUUCUUUCUCCGAAAAGCACCAUACUAAUCCACCGAAAUCUGAUGACGUUGUUGAGCUCCCGCUUUUCCCGCUUCCACUUGUCCUCUUCCCUGGAGCCAUUCUUCCUCUUCAGAUCUUCGAGUUUCGUUACCGCAUUAUGAUGCAUACUCUCCUCCAAACCGACCUCCGCUUUGGUGUCAUCUACUCUGACGCCGUUUCGGGGACCACGGAAGUUGGUUGUGUUGGCGAAAUCGUCAAACACGAACGACUUGUAGACGAUCGCUUCUUUCUCAUUUGUAAAGGUCAGGAAAGAUUUCGUAUUACGGGUAUUGUCCGUACAAAGCCAUAUCUUGUUGCGGAGGUGACGUGGCUGGAGGACAGACCAUCCGGUGAGGAACACUUGGACGCGUUGGCCAAUGACGUGGAGGGUUAUAUGAAGGAUGUGAUUCGCUUAUCCAAUCGAUUAAACGGUAAGCCUGAAAAAGAGGUUGUGGAUCUGCGGAGGAAUCUGUUUCCGACGCCGUUUUCGUUUUUUGUUGGGAGCACUUUUGAAGGUGCGCCCAGAGAGCAACAAGCGUUGCUUGAAUUGGAAGAUACAGCGGCCAGGCUCAAGAGAGAGAAGGAAACUUUAAGGAACACUCUUAAUUACUUGACUGCUGCUUCAGCUGUUAAAGAUGUGUUUCCUUCUUCAAGUUAAUAGUGUGAUUCUACAGGUCCAUUGUAGAUGCAUAUCAAGAACAGUCAAUGUUAGUGUUGAGUUAACUAGCGAUGUUUUCCGCAUUGUUGCGUCUUUGCUCAAUUAGUUUAUCAACGAAGCAGGAGCUUGAUUUGAAAUUAGUUUAGCUAUCAAGUUUGAAUUGAUCACUGCAGAAAGUACUAUUUGUGUAUAAAUGAUAUAUGAGCUAUAUGAAAAUAUUGUGGGCUUUUUUCUUCGUUUGAGUUGAGCUCUGUUAGUUCAAUAUUCAGCUUGCAACCUUAGUUAAGAGACUGAGCUAAAUGUUGUCAUGAUGGCUGAGCUAUGAAGUACCAAUUCUUAGUAAAGAGGAUUGAUAAAAAAUCAGCAGUGGUUGUUAUCAAGAAGCGGCUCCUUGGGCAAAACUUUUUCUUAGCUUGACUUUAGGCUAAAUGAACUAAUUUAAUUGAUGGUGGCAUUGUCUUUUAUGCUACGGAUGCGUAAUUGUUGGAUGUGUAUCUUGUUCCCACUCUAUAUGUUUUUGUGCGUGUCCUAGCUUAUAAUAUCCUUUGAUACUAUGGUUAGGAUUCGGGGCAAACUAAUCAGGGUU